AGUGCUGGCUGGGUGACCAGUGGAGGAGACAGGGUUCUUCAUUCAGCAAAUACUUCCCAAGCUCUUGUGUGUCUCAGGCAUUGUGCAAGACUCUGGGGAUACAAGGAGUGCCCAGCCCUGUAGGGAAGAGAAUAAACACAUUAAAAAUGAAACCUUAGGCCAAGAUCUGAUGGACAAGUAGAAGUUAAAUGAAACAAGAGGUAUUUACUGACACUAGCACUCUGUCCAUCGCUACGAGACGUAGUCUCUAAUGGAUGUAGAGUUCCAAGAUCAUACUCUAAUGGGAGACAAGCCAGAGGAGUUGAACAAGCCUGAUUGCAUCUUAGAAAGAUAACUGACUUGUAGUGUGGGUUCCAGAGGGAUAGAGGCUAGAGGCAGAGGAACCAGUAUGACAUUUGCUAGAUUAGAUUCUAAAGGCUAGGAAGGCAGAGACCCUAUCUGCCACACUGUGUUAUAGUCUCUCCUGCUCGUGGUACAAGCAGUCCAUGUGCAAACUGUGGAAAUGGCGGUUGAGAUAGACCAGUAAGAACCAUAACUCAUAUUUCAUUCAAUAUAUUUUAAGACAUCAUUUUAUGUACUAAGAAGAAAAAAUUGGGGGCUGGCCUGUUGGCGUAGUAGUUAAGUUCUCGUGCUCUGCUUCGGCAGCAUGGGGUUCGCAGGUUUGGCUCCCGGGCACAGACUUACACACUGCUCAUGGAGCCAUAGUGUGGCAGGAGUCCCACAUAUAAAGUAGAGGAAGAUGGGCACGGAUGUUAGCCCAAGGCCAAUCUUCCUCAGCAAAAAGAGGAGGAUUGGCAACAGAUGUUAGCUCAGGGCUAAUCUUCCUCACCAAGAAAAAAAGAAAACUUUCCUGUUAAAUUAUGACACUCCAUUAAUUGUGAAUCCUGAUUUCAGUGUUGUUAAGAAAUGUGCAUUUUAGAAUCAAUGAAAUACUAUAAAAUAAACCAAAUUGCAAAAGUAUUAAACUGGAAAUGAAAAGUAGGUUGAGAUAGAGAUAUGGCACCUGUUUGGCCUUGGGCUUUGCCACUUACUAGCUUUCUCUGAACAAAUUUCUCAAAUGUACCCUUUUUCUCACUUGGAAUUAAGCCAGACUGAGAGCACAUACUUGGAAACACGUUAUAACCUGCUGCUAGUGGUACUUUGGCCUUACAUACCAGUGGGAGGGGAAGGGUGGUCGAUAUUGGAAGUCCCUGGCUUGUUUAGAAACAUGAGCCUAGCUCAGAGCUCCUGCCUCUGGUGGGUGCAUAUCUUUAGGGAGGUGGUGGGGAGAUUUGGCCAGCAGGAAAGGGCCUGCCUCGCCCCUGGCCAGUCUCAAGUGAAGGGGUGCCUUUCUGUAUUUGAUUCCCUCUUCUGAUGGAUUCAUUAUGUUCUCCCAGAACUUUCAUUCCUUGGGCUGUGCUUAUUAUCCUUCCUCUACAGCCGAAAAAACAGGAAUCAGGGAACAGGAGUUAAAGAGAGACCACUAACCUCAGUGUGACUUUGUUAUGCAAAAGCUGUGGUUGCUUCCAGAGAGGCGCAGUGCAAGGAAGAGCUUUUCAGUCUAGGGAAAAGACAUGGUUUCCAGGCAGAAUGCUGAAAAGGGAAGACGGCCUCCCCUGCCAGGUGUUCCCUGGAAUGGAGAAGGACACUAACUCGGGUUACAUCUACUUGGGCAAAACAAGAAUGAACAUAAUACUUACCUGCCAGAGGCUAUUUAAUGACCAGUGAUGGAGUACGUGAUACGGGCCCAGCUAGUCUAGGAGGCAGCUGUUUGAUCCCCUUUGUUUUAUUAACAAAUAGGCAGAGAAACCCAGGUGUGGUAGAGACUUGCCCAUGCUCGUGCAAUGAGGUGGAACAGACUUUGUGACAUUUUUUCAAGCCAAGGGCCCCUCCCAAAGGUGACCAAGUCUUCCCCACCCAUUCUUCAGACCUGCCCAGACCUGUAGUUGCUGCCCAGGGAGCUAAGUCUCCUCCCCAAACAUAAACUCGAUCUUGUAGACCCAAUAAACCUGGCCUUUCCUCUCUGCCUCUGGCUUUCUGUCUGUUUCAUCCUCCUCUCCCUUUCCCCUGCCCUCUCUCCUGUCUUCUGCAGGUCUUGGCUGUGUCAGGGAAGGGGUCCCAUCCCAUGGCCUCUCACAUUGGGGAGCCAGGGCUCCUGCCCUGUGGGUCCUGUGACAUGGUUUUCCGCUCCUGGGCCCUGUUGGCCACCCACACUCAGCGCUUCUGCAUUGGCCGUUUGACCCGGGAGGUGACACCUGGAGCACAGCCCUCAAUAGCUACUGAACCACGGCCCCCCGCGGUUGUGCCACAAGAACACCAGGGCCUCCCAGACCAGGAGGCCAGCAAGCCGGCUCUCAAGAGGCUAACAGAGGAGGUGCUGCGGCUGCGGCUGUACCUGCAGGAAAUGCGACCCAAGAUAACAGAGGUCCCCAGGGGGUCAGAGGGGCCCUGGAGGCGUUCAGAGGCGCCGACUCAGGGCCCCACCUCCGAGGCUGCUGGGAGCCCAGGCGAGCGGCUGCGGGCGCUGCACGGGACUCACGCCAGGCGCGUGGCUGAGACGGAGGCACAGAGCCGGGCUCUGGCGCGACGCGACGAGGAACUGAGCCGGCGCCUCCAAGGUUUGGCCCGGACCCGGGGCGGGAUGUCACGCCUGUCUGGCCUGGAGCGGGAGCUUCGAGACCUCCGGACAGAGGCCGGGCGAACGCGGGGAGCUCUAGAGGAGUUAGGGGCGCACGUUCAGCAGCUACUACCCGAGCCCGGGACCGGGCUGAACUCCUUGCGAGAGGCAGAAUUCUGUUGUCCGGUGCUACAGGCCAACCCAGGGACUCUGGCUGCCGAGAUCGGGGCCCUGCGUGAGGCCUACAUUCGAGGCGGGGGCCGGGACCCCGGCGUUCUGGGCCAGAUAUGGCAGUUGCAAGUGGAGGCGUCAGCUCUGGAGCUUCAGCGGUCGCGGGCCCGCAGGGGAAGACGGGCAGGUGCCCCAUCCGGCGAGCUUCUAGUAGUGGAGGCCGAAAACCGGCGCCUAGAGGCAGAAAUCCUGGCUUUGCAGAUGCAGAGGGGCGCAGGCCCAGCGCCCUGGGGGCCCCGGGAGCCGAGACGUGUGGCCAAUCCCAGCCCAUGCCUGAGGAGGAGGGAAGAUCCCCCACGCCUCCUGCCACCGGUGGCUCCCCCUCUGCCACGGCUUCCACUCUCCACAGGCGGCCUAUUUUUGGGUCGCGCCGAGAAGUCUCCACAGCUUUCUGGAACCACGACCAGGAACCUGGGCCUGGAUCCACACUUCCUCCUGCCCAGAUCUGACCUUCUGGGCCCUGCACCCUAUGACCCAGGAGCUGGCCUGGUCAUUUUCUAUGACUUUCUGCGGGGCCUUGAAGCUUCUUGGAUUUGGGUGCAACUAAUGACUGGUUUGGCCCGAGAUGGACAGAAUACAGGAGGGACCACAGCAUUGCCCCCAGCCCUUUGCUUGCCCCCGCCUCCAGCUCCUGGGCCCAUGGGCAACUGUGCCAUCCUUGCCAGCAGGCAGCCUGUACCCAGACUACCACCCUCACCAUCAGUAUCCUUGGUCUGUGAGCUACAUGCCUCACAGGGGCUGGCAUGGGCUAAGGCACCGCAGCCAAAGGCCUGGGCCUCACUGGUGCUAUUUGACCGGGAUCAGAGGGUGCUAAGUGGCCACUGGCGUCUCCCACUUCGAGCCCUUCCUCUGGACUCCAGCCUUAGCCUUGGGCAGCUAAAUGGUAUUCCCCAGGUGAGUGUGGAGGACGGGGACUGGCUCUACUCCUCCAGGGUCCAGAUGCAGUACCAUUUCACCUCUCCCCAGGUAGGUCAGGCUGAGCUCUUUCUGCGGCUGGUGAAUGCAAGAGAUGCAGGUGUCCAGACACUGGCAGAGAUCAAUCCAGCAAGUGCCCACAAGUACCAGUACCCACCUCCGGUGUCCAGCUCAUCUUCACUGGAAGCCAACUCCCUUGCCCCAAGAGCUGGCUUUGUUGACCCCCCUCCUCCUGCAGAAGAGCCCCUCAGUAGCAGAGUCAAGGAGAGAGAUGAGGGUUUGGGCCCUCAUGGCUUUGACCCACCCCCACUGGCUUUCUGAGUCCUGGAGAAUGUGGGUAUGAGUAGCUUAACAUGCACAGGACUAGGGCCUAGAUUGAGUUCUCUUCCCAAACCUGCCCCUUUACUACUCCAUGUUCUGACAGAGGGUCCAGAGGCAAAUAGCAGAUAUGAGCACAAACUACGAGCUCCAACCGCAGCUUUACCACCUUCCACAAGUGCUUGGCCUUUCCUUGUUUUUCUUUUGUAAACAGAUUGAUGUGAGGAUUAAAUGUCAGGUAUUUGUAAUACUGCCUGGUAUAUAGGAAGUUCUUUGAACGAUUACUAGGGGCAACUCUAAUUCCAGCUAAAGGAACUUGAUAAACUCAUUCCCACCUGUUUUUUUGCUGAAGCCAAUCUUAUUUGCCACAUUUCUUCAUUCAAAUCCAAGCUUUCUCAGGAAGCCUCCAGGCUUCUCAAGGACAUCCUCCAAGAAGCCUUAUGUAUGUACAGAUUCAAAGACAGGGCCCCAACCCAAUAAUGUUCCUCCCAAG